GUUUUUAAGGUUGAUUUCCCAUCUGUCGAUGACUUGCAGAGAUUGUUGAGUUUUGGCUUGUGUAAAGUUCCCGGUACUAAGUGUAUUCUGGAGUUUAACGAGUGGAAACAGGUCGAGCCUAAAGGAAAACCGCUUACACAGGUAUGGCUGCGGUUUUUGGGGGCUCCAUCUAAGCCUCUGCAGGAUGCUCGCGUGGUGGCCAGUUUGGGCAUCAUGGUUGGAAAGACAGAAAAAGUGGACAUGGCGUUCACUCGUGCCAAUGGGAUUGCCCGGAUUCUUGUCAGCAUUCUGGAUAUUGAGUAUGUGCCUGAUAAGGUCAACUGGACUUAUAAGGGCGAGGUGUUCCCGCUAGAUAUUGAGUUCGAGGACACCGACUUAUUUGAUGAUGCGGUUAACGGCAAUGAUGUUGACAUGCACGACCGGGAGGGUGGUGCGGGGACUAAGGGGGCACCGUCAGAUGAGACCAUGCGAGAGGGAUCCAACGUUUCUCACGCUCAGUCGGCCGGGAAUGGAUCGGAGGCUCAGCCCACAGCCUCACAGGCGGUACCCAUGACUACUCUACGUUUUGGGUCUUUCGAGCCAGCCUCGGCACCUCCCAGGCUUUGGAGUGACAGGGUGGAGUCGAGUGAUGAUCUUGAGCGCACGCUUCCUUCACUGGAGUUAGAGAUGGAGACUGGUGUGUCUGUUGCUCGUCAGGCGAGUUCUUUGGGAGGCGUUGCGGCGUGGUGGCACGGUGAUGGUUCUCUUGGACUGCAGACUCCCGCGGGCGCGACUUCGGUGUCGGCGAUCGCGGGGGCGAUGGGGUGUGGGGGAGGGGGUUCGGGACAUGGAGUCCUCUCUCCCCCCGUCCCGAGGCCGAUGCAGGUGUCAUCGGUGGCGUCGGCCCCGAGGGGGUCGGCUCCGGCUGCUGGAGGGACCUCGAGGCAGGCGGCCUCGACUCCUUCUGCGACGGUGGUGGCAACCACUGUGGCUGCUGCUGCGGGAGGGGGGACGCCAGGGCAGGAGGCCCGGUCUCCACCCUCUACUCCGAUGGUCAGGAGGACCACCUCACCGAUGCCUUUCCCGUCCGAGCUGCCGGUUGGGGCGGGAGCAGACCGCGGGCAGGAGGCCCCUGUCUUACGCUCCUCCCCACUGCCUGAUGUGGGGCACUCGUCCAAGGGGAUCGGGAGCCCGCAGACGCCUUCUCUAGUGACUUCGGCACCACCUGUCAGAGUUUCAGUGCCAGGUUAUACUAGGGAGGAGGUGAUCGCGUUUGGUGGGAUCCCGGACCCUAUCUCCGAGGGGAGACGGAUGAGUGCUCGCAUCCUCGACGUCCCGGAGGUGGACGAUAUGCAGCAGAGGUGCGCUAUGAGGGCGGCCAAGCUGCAGGAGGCUGCUUUUUCUUCUGGUUUUAUUCCGGACUACGGCUCUGAUCCGUUCGUGGUCGCUACUCACCCAGACGGAGGCCAGGGAGCAUUUGGUUACUGGGUCUAUCCGUUGGGAGAUGGUAGCUCGGGUUAUCUUCAACCGGUUUGGAUGGCGGUCAUGUAAUAGGAUAGGCAUUUAGUAUUCCUACCUAGUUUACCCAGCCGGUUGUGGCAUCUUGAUGUGGCUAGUUGAUGUAUCUAGCUUCUUCGGGC